AAACAACGGUAACAAAGACGCUCCGAGGCUACCAAUGUAAUUUCGUGUUACGUUCUAACUCUGGCGGCUUUUUCAACAUGGUUCGAGCAGAGCUAUCGGUGGUGCACUGCACGCAUAAUCUUGGCUAUAAUAUUUAAUGUUGCUAUUUUGGCGCGAUGUGAAAAUAUGGAAUGUCUCCCGAGUCUUUUUAUACAAAUUGAUGAAUCAAGACUACUGAUGUUGAAUUUACAGGUUAAAAAAUAUGACAAUUGUUCUCGAUCACGAUGGUUUCAAGAACAGCAUCAGGAGGAUGUAUUGUCACUCCUUGGAAAUAUUGUAUAUCAAUAUCUGACACAGUAUGCUAACAGAGUUAAAAAGCAUAGAAAAGACAAGUAUGUACCAAAACCUAAACAUAUCACAGGGUCAUCAGUUGCAGUGUUUUACCACUUCAUAAGAAGGACAACUCACAAUAUAUGCAUGAUGCCCCAAGAAAUUAUAGAUAAGAAAAAAAUGAAGAAAAAACCUGAGUGAAACGUUCUCAGGAAAGCAAUUUAGUAAAACAAUCAUCUGGUGCUGGAUUUAUAGCUGAUGAGAAGCAUGAAGAAGAACCAAUGGACAUUGAGUCUGAUGCUGAAGUAUCAGAAUUUCCAUCAGAUCAUUCUAUUGUUUCUACGGAGAGGAAUUGCAUCAAGACGAAUGAGUAUCCACCUGACAAAAUUUGUGAUGUUAACAAGGAAUCAGUAGAACAAAUCUGUGUGAACAGGUUAAGACGCAAGUUUGCUCAUUCAAAAAACGGGGUAUCCAAAAUAGCAAAUUCUAAAUGCAAGAUGCCACACAUAGAAAUUAACAAAACAAAGGAAAGUAUGUGUAGCCAACAGGAAACUAACAAAACAUUGGAAACACAUAAGCAGGGAACAAAAUCAAAAUUGGUGUCUGUUGAAAGAAACAAGAAAGAUGUUGGUGUGAUAGACACUGAGGUGUUACCCACUACAAUAGAGAAAGCAUACAGUGUAGGAUCAAGGGAUGUGAUUUCAUCCAGUAUUCAAGAUGUUGAGGAAUCAACAAUCACUGGAACCUCUGUUGACAAACAUCUUGUCUCAAGUGAUAACAAUGAGUCCUGCUCUGAUGCUGUUUGCACGACUGGACAUGAAGAUUUUGAUGAAUCAGAUUCACUGUCUGACUCUACAAUGUUGCCUCCUUGUAGUUCCUUAAAAAUAUGCAGCGGUAGCUCCGCUGGUGAAACUUCUCUUCAAAACAGUUUCCAACCUGCUUAUCGCAACAUCAAGCCAAAGCCAAGCAACAAAGCCAGUUAUCAGGAGUUGUUAUCCUUCAUGAAUAGUGAUACAGAGGAAAACGAUUCAGAGAGUAGUUUCAAAACAUUAGCCAAUGCUGAUUGCAAACAGUCAAGGUUGAAACUACGAAGAAUUAAGAAAACAACUACCAAAGAAGAUGUAGAUGUAGUCACAAGCAGAAAGAGAAAGAAAUCAAACUAUUUCAAGUUUCCACAGAAGAAAACUAGGAUUGAUAGAGAUGGUUGUAGUCAUGAGAAUGUCAGUUUAGUUGCAAAUUGCAGUCGUGUGUUCAAGAAAAAAGCCAACAUACCUUCAUCCAGUAUACCAGCUGAUAGUUACAGUGAUGCAAGUGGUACCGAUCAGGCUGAAGAUUUCAGUGUGGAUAAUAAAUGUAUAGUUUUAUCUGAUGUUGAUUCAGAGGACUCCAGUGUAGAUAGGCAACUUUAUAAACAGAAACUGGAACUAUCGAUUCAAAAAAUAAGGGAUGUAGUUCAGCUAAAUGAAGAAGAGAUGACCUACUUGGUGAACAAAAACGAAGGGUAUCUCAGGAAGAUAUUUCAGGGGAAGAUUUACAGUUGGAGACAUGAAGACUACAAAACUGGAGGUAUCAGAAGAAUUGAUUUGACCUAUCAAGUUCACCAUGGUUCAUUCAGUGAAGAACAACAGGAAGUUGUAAUGCAGAGUUUGAUGCUUAUGUUCUGUGCCACACAUUCAAAGUACUUAGACUAUGUCUUGAAGGUGAUGUGUCCUGAAGCUUUAAUCAAAAUUCAAAUGGAUGUCUGUAAGACCACACAUGAAGAGACAGAACGAAACAUGAAGGAAUUCCAAAAACAACGACUGAAUGAAUCCCAGAUAGUUCAACCAGAGUUUCACUAAACCUUAUAUUAAGGUUUGAAAGCAUAUUUCAGCAACAUUUUUGUCCAUGAUAAGAUUGAACAUUUUAAGAACUGGAAAGUCUGUAUCCAGUUUCAUUUUGUGAAGAAUUUUGCUUUUGUCGUCUUCUGUAAUUUUUGCAAGUGUUCCAUUUUCCCAUAACAUGUUUGUGGGCUUCUGUACGCCAUAUUCCAGUAGCUCGUUGUAAAACUGAUAUGCAACAUUUCUUUAAUAACAAAAAUAACAUUCUUUCAAUAAAUAUAAAAUUCACUUUCCCAAAGUGACUGCAGUUUAUUAAUAUCUCUGCCCCCCCCCCCAAGUCAUUAACAUAGAU